CAGAAAUGGUCCCUGGUGGCUGACUUCACUCAUCAUGCUCACACUGCCUCCUUGUCAGCAGUGGCUGUAAAUAGUCGUUUUGUAGUCACUGGGAGUAAAGAUGAAACAAUUCACAUUUAUGACAUGAAAAAGAAGAUAGAGCAUGGGGCUCUAGUGCAUCACAAUGGUACAAUAACAUGCUUGAAAUUCUAUGGCAACAGACACUUAAUCAGUGGAGCAGAAGACGGACUCAUCUGUGUCUGGGAUGCAAAGAAAUGGGAAUGCCUCAAGUCAAUUAAAGCUCACAAAGGACAUGUGACCUUCCUUUCUAUUCAUCCAUCUGGCAAGUUGGCCCUGUCUGUUGGUACAGAUAAGACAUUAAGAACAUGGAAUCUUGUUGAAGGAAGAUCAGCAUUCAUAAAAAACAUAAAACAAAAUGCUCACAUAGUGGAAUGGUCUCCCAGGGGAGAGAAAUACGUAGUCGUCAUACUAAAUAAAAUAGACAUCUAUCAGCUUGACACAGCAUCCGUCAGUGGCACCAUCACAAAUGAAAGGAGAAUUUCUUCUGUUACAUUUCUUUCAGAGUCUGUCCUUGCAGUGGCUGGAGAUGAAGAAGUUGUAAGGUUUAUUGACUGUAAUUCACUUGUGUGCCUCUGUGAAUUUAAGGCUCAUGAAAACAGGGUAAAAGACAUUUUCAGUUUUGAAAUUCCAGAGCAUCAUGUUAUUGUUACAGCAUCAAGUGAUGGUUUCAUCAAAAUGUGGAAGCUUAAGCAGGAUAAUAAAGAACAGUUCAAAAUCAGCGAAGAGGAAUCUGAUGACACAGCGCAGGAAGAAGAAAAACAGUCAAAACCUAAUGCAAAGAAAUGUGGUUUAACAGAUAACAGCAAUAAGCCAAGAAAAAGAAAUAGCCUGGUGUUAGCCAAGAAGAGGAAAUUGGUAGAAAAGUUAGAAAAGAAGAGGAAAAAGAAGAAAAUAUAAAUGAUGCAGUAAAUCCCAAAUAUCUACUAAGAGAACUUUUUUUUCUUUUUUUUGCAGUUUUUGGCGGGGGUCAGGUAUGAACCCACCACCUCUGGUAUAUGGGGCCUGCACCCUACUCCUUUGAGCCACAGGCUCCACCCAGCUAAGAGAAAUUUUUUUAGCUGGAAUCAUUCUUUUCAAAUGUACCUUAAUAUCUUUUUUUUCUUUCUGAGUAAAAACAAGAAAUGUUUUCUUUUGGAGAA